AUGACAGAGUUGGUGGUGUUUGGGGAGAAAGAAGGCGAUGGAAGAUUUUUCGAUUUUUUCUGUGAAUCCAACCUACUAGCUGACUUCGUACGCGCACUAGGACCAGGAACGCGACUCCCAUCACAGCUCCGAGUUCAACUUUUGCAGACUUUGUCGAUUUUAGUCACAAAUGUGAAGGAAACCACCAUUAAGGCUACACGAAAUCUAUCUUCCCCAGCAACUACGUCUUGCUUGGUCCUCCUGUUUUUUUUAUGGGGACGAAAACGGGACGAGCCAAGAAGAUGAGGCCCAAGAAGAUGAGUUCCAAGAUGCGGCAUUUCUUCUAACACUAGUCUCUACUACCUGUUUUCGAACAACUACCUGUCACAAUUGAUCGCGAGUUUUGAAGUGCAAGCAGAUGGAGAUGCAGUCGGUAGUUCGGACAUUAGCACGUCGACUAGGGACGUCAUUGAUGUAGGUGAAGUGUUGGACGAAGGAGACGAAAUCGGUGCAAUUGCAGGUCGAGCAAAUAGUUCAUCCUCGAGUAGUCUACGCCCAUUAUUAAGGCUAUUACCGCUGAAGCAUCCACCUCAGCGCCAUCCUUGGCCUUUUUUCCAAGAGGAAAAAGGGCGCAGGGAUGGGCUCAGGGGCGCGACGCGGUAGCUCCAACAGUAGGCGGCGAUCUUCAGGGCCAAGAAGAUUUUCCACCUGACGAGGAAGACUUUGUUGACCACAGCCAACAACACCUCCAGCUCCAGGGAAAUGCACCAACAUCAGAGAAGCACUUGAUGAACUCGAAAAUUCUUCUCAACAAGCUGGAGCAAGAUUCAUCAGCGUCAAGCGCGACGAGAACACCAAGCUCGUCGCACGAAAACGCGUCGACUUGGGAAGAGGAUGAGGAAGUUUAUGACUGAAGAGAUGAAAAACCGAGAUAUUAUCUUCUCAGCUUCUUGCGCACUCCUCUAUGACGAAGUAGAACUUAGACUUAUUUAUAAUCCCUCAUUUAGCUGUUUGGUAGAGAAUCUUUAAUACGUUCUCUACACCUCAUGGUCAUGCUCAUCUCGUCAUAUGUCCCUUUCUCUCUUCCUCUUCUCUUUCAUGCACGGCUUUCGUAUUACAUCUCCUUCUUGAAGACCCUGACAUUGCGGUUAAACGUGGAGACGAUCAAGCUGUUUUUCUACCCGAAUAUGAGGGGAAACAAGCCAACAACUCCCUCAUCAACGUCGCCUGAUGAUUCGAAUAAAUUACAGCAACAAGAUGAAGCUGCCUUUCCUCUCUAUACAGCUGCGAUCCGUUUCGAGAGCUACCUAGAGGACCCCAUGUUAAGGCUUGAGGAAAUUCAUCUUCCCAGCAGCUUGGUCUUCCUGUUUGUGAAAGGAACAAAAGAGGCACCAAGAUGCUCACCAAGAUCUAAGUACCAUGGUCGUGAUUCUGAAAUACCAUCCUUGGCUCGUUUCCCAGUUGGAAAAGGGUCAGGGAUGCUUUGAAGAAUGCGAUGCCGGAACCUCUAACCAUGGUCGUGACUGCCGUCCGAUCGAUUACGCUGCAUAUUUUCCGACUACCCGAUCCGCAACUGCAGCGAUAUUUGCUCACAGAUCGUCACUCGCGGUUGUACCUAGUCCGCUUUGCACGUCGUUUGUACCAUUUGUUCGCUGAGCUUGCGCACAUUGUCGCAUUGGAUGAGAUCCUGUAUGACCAAAACCAGGAUGACGCAGAAGAGGAUUCAGCACGAGCAGAGCCAGCAACCUCUUCAGCACGAAUGCCACGAGCAAUGAAUGACAAGGAUCCACCACCAUCGACAUCGAGUCAGAAGAUUCAGAUUGACCGACGACUCCCCGGUUUGUUUGACCGGUAUUUGUCCGUCAGAGAUACGGUUUUGUUUCCACCAGAAAGACAGACGGUGGAUACACGGACACGGCGACUGCUGGAUGACAUUGGAGAUGCGUUGGAAUACAUCAAUGAUGUCUUUACUAGCACAUCCUCAAAGAAUGAACCGGAGGACCAGAGGAACCAGACAGAGAAAAAAUCUGAAUCUUCUAAGACAACUGGUUCUUCUCCAUCGUCCUCCUCCUCGCAGCUUUCGCGUGCCUUUGCUGCUUCACUGCUACAGCACUGUUUUCGACCACUAGUAGCUGAGAUUCUAGCGGGAAAGAAUAGGGUCGUUCCUUUUCUUGGCUGGGUGCUGCUGAGAUUAGCUGAUGAGUUUGGGGAAGGAUUUGUCGACAGUGCAACUACGUCUUCAGAAACAAGUCACUCUGACAUGAUGAUUGGCUUUGAUCUCCUAUUGGGUCCAUUACUAGAGUCAAUUUUCCGGAUGACCCACUCCCAAAGGCAACAGGUGCUAGAUUUUAUGAGGACAAAAACUGCAUGGGGAAGAUCUUCUGCAAAGACAAGUAGUCUCAAAAUUCCACCCGAACAAGACACCUUGGUGACUGCGGCACUGCUUCUCUUGCGUUUAAGAACCUGUGGCUCUAGUAGUUCUACGAAGCCAGCAAGAAGAGAGCAAGAACACAAGAACGAGGAUCUGCAGAAAAACGCCGCUUUUUCGUUUUUGAAAAACGACUGUGAGCUGAUAUCCGUGCUAGCCGACACUAUCGGCAGCAGCGUCGCAAGCGGGCUAAUACCUUUGAGGAUAGUAGAAGACGACUCUUUGCCAAAAAUCAAGAGGCCUCUGUUUUCCCUGCCUUCCGCACUACGGUUUCUGCUAACAUCAAGUGGAGACUUCGUUAUGCAUUGCUCCUCUCGAUUGAGUAAGUACCUUGAGUACUAGCGGAGAGCAAUCAUCAAUGUCAAUCCACUGAAGUGCUAUCACUAUUAUCCUACGGAGCAAGCAACUUGGGUAGAAGAGUAAACACUUACUAUCUUAAGCAGAUCAUCGAUGAAUGAUGCUAGAAUUCAGCAUCUUGAAAAUAUCAAUCAAGACUGAACAUCCAUCCACCUCUAAGCUUCCGCAACAGCUAGCCACUACACUUCGCGAAAAAGGCUUGCCUCUUGUUCAACGUGAACUCCUUGAGCUAGUACUCAAUGCCACCACUUCUCAAGAAAUCGAUGACGUGUUGCUUGCAUUCUACUGCGCCUGCCGUCAGCAUCAGAUUGUUAGGGAGUACGUUUUUUCUGACACAACUCCACAAACGGCUCGAUCAAGUUUGCGAGAUUUGCUAGGCAGAGGCGAAUUGACGAAAGACGUCUUGUUUGACCGUAGCAAAAUCAAUGCUACAACUACUACAGCUGCUGUGGGAAAGACAAGAUCGCAUGAUGAAGAUCAACAAGAACGGCUGUUCUUUCAGCAGCUUUCAUCUGCGGUUUUGCUUGGUCUCGAAAUUUUGCAUAGCGGGAGGAAACUUAGUAGUACGAGUAGAAGUACAUCAACAGCCGUAACAGCAACACAGAACAACAACUCUAAGCAGGGCUUUCAGAUUGGGUUGUCCUUUAACCUUGCUGGGAAGGAUCGGGUAGUAUGCUCCCAACAUCAACUACAACAACAGCCAAGAAAUUUACAUGCUGCUACCCACAGCCAGACGAUAACAAACCCAGCACAAGCACAACAAACGCCGCCCACGCCCUCCUCAACCUCUCUACAACUACAUGCGCCACGAGCAACGCGCUACUUCGUUGCUCAUUCGGAGUCUUUCCUACUUGUGCAGCCAGACUUGUCAAGACCAAACUACGCUGUUGUCACAGAAGCCGCGCCGUUGGUGUCGUUGGAAAUUGUCAAUAGGCAAGACGAGCGGUCCUCACCUUCAGCGUCAUGUAUUGUGGAGUUAGAGGUCAAAGAUGUAGCUGCCAGUGCAACUUCUUCGCAUGUGCAUCCUCAUGGUGGUAAGGGAGCUACUACAAGUACUACACCGGCUGAAGCAACAGCAUCUUCUUCAAGCAGUAGUUCCUCUCCGCCUAGUCGUGGUUGUUCUUCCUGGUCUUUUCCACUCCCAACUACUGGUGGGACAAAGACUGCAACAGAGGACACUACUACUCCAAAUACAACUACCGCAAAUGGACGUCACACACCUGAACAAAGCCAACAACAAGAACUACACCCUUUCUUGGGCCCACGCAAGAGAAUACUUCUAGAAUUCGAGGAUAAGAAACGCGCAGACUGUGUGGUCGACCACAUCGAUCGGUUUCGCAAAAAAGCAAGGGCGCUAGCUCAUCACGAACUAAAGGUGUGGAUGGAAAAGUUGAAUUUUUAGCACAAUUAGCACACCUUUCCAUUUUUCACCACAUUCACAACAUCUAUUCUAAGAGCCUUGUGAUACUGUUCCGAAGGCGCUCCUCUAGAAAGUAUAACACGCCAACGAACUACAUUUCUUUCCAUUCACGGACUCCAAUGUAAACCUACAUUUUAUUUCUACGCAACAUCUACAUCAUUCAACAUACGGAAUAGAAACUAGUCGGGAGGACGAGUCGACGCAAACACACGACUCGAUGACUUUUUAAGAUGCGCAGCACUCUACUUGCUCUUCACCCACAUACUGCAGUCUCAGUUCAUAGAAGACGCCACCAGACUCACUGUUCGUAGAAGACGCCAGACUCACUGUUCGCAGAUGAUGAUGUUUUCACAGAAGAAGGACGUGGCCUCUGUCGGUGUUUCGGUUCCUCGAGAUGUUUGUUGAAUAAUAAUGUGUUGCGCCUCAAGCGAUA